AUGAUCAAACAUGAACAGUCAAGAAAUAUUAAUCAAUCUUUAAGAGCUGUAUCAGGUGCACCUGUUAUAUCGUUUCCACCACCACCACCACCUACUAUGUUUCAAACAACAUCAGGAGUAUUAUCUCAACGACUCAUUGAUCCUAAUGCAAUUGAUAUAACGUCGUUGAAAGGUCAAUUCGCAUGGGAAAAAUUAUCACAAAGUGAUGCUUAUAUGCCUGUGAUUUUUCGUGGUGAUAAAAAACAUUUUUGUGUUCGGAUGCUUCGUAAAAUAUUACCAGAAUAUCCUGAAGAUGUUAUUCGUCGUACAUAUCAAUAUCAAUAUAGAAAAUCAAUUGAUGUAUUUUCUGUAACUGCAGCUGAAGUGGAACUAUUAAAUAGAAUUAAUAGUCAACAUUCACGUUGGACAUAUUCUCGACAACCAUUUAAUGCACUCGAUGAAUUAGUCCGUGUUUCGGAUUUUCUUCCAUUUUAUGAACAUCUUCGUUAUAAUCAUAAAUCUCCUUCUGUUCUAUCAAAUAAUACAACACAUGCAUUACGUCAAUUAUUACCACAACCACAACAAACUGUACAACGAUCAUCCAAUUAUAUGUCUACGAUGCCAAUAAUUAUACGUGGACAGUCAACUAUACCACAAGAUCCACCCAUUCAGAUACAACCAUUUCGUCCAUCAACAGACUUUUCUCGUGAAAAUACUUCAAUAACUUCACGACCUAUAAUACCACCACUUAAUGUACCACGUCCUACAAGACCAUCAAAAUCGAUUGGAAAUCCUUAUGCUGUUGUACUGCCAAUACGACCAUCACAAUAUUCAACUUUUCAACAACAACCACCAAUAAUAUCUUUGCCAAACAAUACCACAAACUUCAUAAGUACAGGUACAUAA